ACGUAAACAUGUCUGCUUCCUGAGCAGGGAGGUUAGGUACAAGUGAUGCAUAAACUUUACUGGAGCUGUUUUAGAGCCGCAGGAAGUUUGAAAACAAUCAACAGGGACGUCUUGAAGAUAGCUGAGAGUGUGACAACAGUUAAUCGCAGCCUCAGUAUCAACGAGACAGCUACAGCAUUACGUCCGUUCUAUUUUGUGGUUCAUCCAGACCUGUUUGGCCAGCAUCCAAAGGAACGGGAAGUUAACGAAGAGUCAUUGAAGAGACUACAUGAGUAUUUGACAUCGUUACAGAAAACAGGAAAGGCUACACCAACAGAACUGGUUUUCUUUGUACGACCACAACGGAAUGAAGAUUUAAGUAGCGUAAAAGUUCAUCUACAUUCAGAGAGUCUAAGAACAACAGUCACAUCCGUUCUUUCUUCUGUUCAUCUUCCUUUGGACUUUGUUCACAAUAUUCCAAAAAAGCGCUACAAACCUGUAGAAAUUCGCUGGGACCCAAGCUACUACCAUGCCACAGGAAAGAAAAAUCCUUACAAGGAAUACUACAGGAGGAAAAAAGACUGGACUUUGCUGGAUUGGUUGCAGAAGAACACCAACAAAGCUGUUGCUAAGCGACAGCUGUGCCAGCAAAUUCAACAGGAAAUUGCUGUUAUGGAGCAGGAAGUCAUCUCUCAGAUUGGACUGAAGAAACUCGUCUGGAAGAAUGAUUGGGGUUUUAUCCACUGCUUGGCUUCUCUUAAAUCUUUUCAACGACUGUUCCACGAACAUCCAGGCAUAACUUGCCAUGCUCUCAAAGAUAAAACACUGGUGUUUAGUAAGCAGACAGGAGUCACUGCACAAGGAGAUAUUGUGUUGAGUAUGGAGGCUGUCCCUACUGAUUGGCUGAAGAUGUUGUCCCUUGUUGAUGCCUACAAGCCGAUGGUCAACAGAUUACCCUACAUGGAAAGUAAGCUAUCAGGUCUGCUUGCGAACAUCCGUGUCAUCCGUCAAGAUACGCUUAUUAUGGCUGAGGAGUAUGAACUUCUACUGAACCAAAUUCUUAACAUCCUACGCCGAAGUCAGGCAGAUGUUGACUAUUACUUGCAUGAUGGAGAUCUCUCCCAUUUACAGCUGAUAGUGGAAGGAGGUGAGGCCCCACUGACAUUGUCCAGCAGUGGUCAAUUUAUUGUACCAGCUACAGUACCAGGGUCCAUGAUUGUGAAGUUUAUCGCUGACAACAAAGAAAUGGCCUUUACAGUGCUCCAAGAUGUGGAAUUGUUGUUGAAAAUGGAGAAUGUUGUACAAGAGCAAUGCAAGGAUCGCCUUGAAUUGACUUCAAUUAGCCGAGACGAGAGUGUUACUCCAAAACAGAUGAUCUCAUGCUGUGAGAGACUUUUAGAAGAUGCAGUUUACUUGUCGGCAAUGUCCGGGGGCAGUGUUCGUGUUUCAAAUUACUAUGCAGUUAUGAAGGACGGAGGUGUUUCAAUACCGUGGAACUGGAAAAGUGAUAUAUCAUAGUAUUUAUUACUUUUAACAAAUUUAUAGGAUGAACAUUAUUCAAACAGUGACUAGGAUUAUUUGACUCGCCCCCUUUAAUUAAAUAAUUUUUCCAUCAUCUGAACUGUUUCAGUUAAUUUUCACUGAACCUUAUAUUUGAUUUUUCAUGAUCCUUAAAAUUUUAAUUCUUCUAUUCUCUGAAGUACUGUGAUUACCUACUCCCCGAGUCAGAGAUGGAAUCACCCAUUAGUAGUCCACAUGAUAUACCCUGGAGUACUGUGAUUACCUACUCCCCGAGUCAGAGAUGGAAUCACCCAUGAGUAGUCCACAUGAUAUACCCUGGAGUACUGUGAUUACCUACUCCCCGAGUCAGAGAUGGAAUCACCCAUGAGUAGUCCACAUGAUAUACCCUGGAGUACUGUGAUUACCUACUCCCCGUGUCAGAGAUGGAAUCACCCAUGAGUAGUCCACAUGAUAUAUCCUGGAGUAUUGUGAUUACCUAUUCCCGUGUCAGAGAUGGAAUCACCCAUGAGUAGUCAACAUGAUAUACCCUGGAGUACUGUGAUUACCUAUUCCCGUGUCAGAGAUGGAAUCACCCAUGAGUUACCACAUGAUAUACCCAGGAGUACUGUGAUUACCUAUUCCCGUGUCAGAGAUGGAAUCACCCAUUAGUAGUCCACAUGAUAAUUAUACCCUGGAGUACUGUGAUUACCUAUUCCCUUGUCAGAGAUGGAAUCACCCAUUAGUAGUCCACAUGAUAUACCCUGGAGUACUGUGAUUACCUAUUCCCGUGUCAGAGAUGGAAUCACCCAUUAGUAGUCCACAUGAUAUACCCUGGAGUACUGUGAUUACCUACUCCCCGUGUCAGAGAUGGAAUCACCCAUGAGUAGUCCACAUGAUAUACCCUGGAGUACUGUGAUUACCUAAACCCCUGUCAGAGAUGACCAUUAGUACAUAGUCAGCAUGAUAUACCCUGGUAGAUUAAAGUAGAAUACAGAAUUUAAAAUUUCUGAAAGUUUACAUGGCAAUGCGCUGUGUAUAUGUAACCCUGGUAAAUACUAGCCGCAAUAUACUGCUCGGCUAGAGAGAUCUUCUCUUUAGCUCAAUUGGUUGAGCGUAAGACUUAUAGUAAGCCAGAGGUCCCGGGUUCGAUCCCUAGCGGGGGCAGUGAUUUAAAUUUAAUUAAUCAUGCGCUCUGUUAGUACAGUUAUAGAAUCUGAUGUGAACAGUGCUAAAUGAGGAAACAGCGCCAAACUGAUAUUAUAUUGAUUGAAUAGGGCACAUAUGAUUAAUCACAGGGACUUGAGUUCCAAAGCCACAGUCUACAUAGAAUACAUAAUCUAAUAACUGUACAUUGGAGUUGGGAACUCAUGCCAAGUCCCUGUGCAUGUGAUUAUAUUUAUUUCAUUAUUUUUUUUUUUGUGAUAUUUAUAUAAUUGGGUAUUGAAUGAAUUAAACAUUCUUGUUUAUAGAUAUUUUAAUUUGAACUUUUUAUGAUUCUUUUUUUUUCAUAUGCAUACAUGUAUAGGGCUUUCAAAAACCUUCAUUCUACAGUUAAUUAGGCGAUAAAACUAAGCUCGAUAUGGAAUAUUACUCGUCUAAAGACGGUUUUUUUUUAAACAUGAUUUUUUUUGUGUAUUUAGGUAUAUGUCAAUAUAAAUUGUAUAUAGAGCAUUAAGUGUACAUUGUACAGCUGCCUUAAGUAAGUACAGAUCAUCAACUGCAUUCAAUUCUACUAUGAGGAUCUUUUCUGUGUCAACAGAAAAUCUAAAACAAUUGAAUGAAAAGGGAUGUAGCUACACCUGUUCAAUUAGACAAUUGAAUUAGAGAACUUAUAGAGACUGUUAAGUAAGAUGAUGGCCGUUUUAUAGUUGUUUGGAUGUUUUGUUUUGUUAUUGUUUUAUUCCUCUUUGUUUUGUUUUAUUCCUCAAAGUGUUUUGCUGUGUGAUACUGUUGGUAGAGAAUUUUUUAUACUGUAAUUAGAGGAUAUUCUUCAAUUACCUGUAGAUGGGAUAUCUUUAGAAUUAACCCACAGAAAUUCAUAGCAAAAAUAUUAACAGAAUAUUUGUUUUAUGAUUAAUGAAACCAUUUCAUGUAUUUCACUUGUGGGGUGAGUAUUUUUUUUGUAUUUUACCACUUGUGUACUUGUCUGACAAGAAAGUUUUGUCUGUUUGUCUGUCCACCCCACCUGUUUUAUCUAAGGUGCAUAGAAAUCUGAUAUGAGGCUUUGUGCAUGUUACAAAUCACAGAGUUAUGGCCCUUUGAACGUACCAGUGCCAGUAAGUGAAAUGUAGUGCUUUUAUCAAGAAAGCAUUAAUAUGCAUAUUAUGUAAUUCACAAAUGAUAUUAUGCUGAUCGAGGUAUUAUUCCUAAAACAUCAUUUUCCAGAAUGAAGAUAAAAUUAUAUUUUGUGAAUAUUGAUUGAAUAAACAAAACAAACCAGAA